GUGACAUCUACCGAAAGUUCGAAAGACGGUGGACAUCGUCGUUCGUCGUGUCGUCUACGCGAAGAUAGUCUCGUCCAGUAUGAAUGAAAUACGCGCCGACCCGGUGCGAAAUGAAUACCUCUAUUCAGUGUUAAACGUGCCAACGACCGCAUCCGCGAACGACAUAAGGGAGCGGUACAAAGCCUUGUCUGUAAUAUUUCACCCCGACAAGCAGCGCAACGGAAGUACAAAGGACACUGCAGCUGUAGAAUUCCUUGCAAUCCAAAAAGCUUACCAAGUCUUAUCAGAUCCCUUUCUCCGGGAAGUGUAUGAUUUCCUGGGUGAAGAUGGGUUAAACAAACAGUGGUCCCCAGAACUGCGGUCACAAAGUGUUGACCAAGUGCGACACAUUCACCCUGGCGCAACAUUGUCUGACUCGUCUUUUCAGAUACGCGCUCAUCUUCGACAAUGGAAAGUAGAUCGAAGUCAAGAAGUUUUCGAUCGCCUCAUUCGGCCAAGAGGCACAGUGACGUGUGGAAUCGACGCAUCAACACUAUUCGCACGCGGUGAUGAUUUGGAUUAUGAUUCCAGAGGCAUCUUCGCCCGCUUGGGUGGAGUCUGGAUCUCUCAAUUUGCUAUUCGUCACUCUGUUACGAAAGUGCUCAGUGAAAAGACUAACCUUAAAUUCACGAGUCACCUGGGACUAGGCCCUCGAAAUGAUGUGCUGAGCAGAAAUAACCUCAUGGGCACGAUACGCCAUCAAUUCUCUCCUCGGCUUGCUGUAGAGGCUACAGCACAUCUGUUAGACCCUCACCUCGUUGUCGCAAAGGCGAGCUACGAAGACAACGAGAACACCCUCAAUUGCCGCGUGCAUUUCAUCCCUGCACUCUGGAACCUUCUCCCUCCGGCUAGUACGAUUUCCUUCAGUCGUCGUCUCUUCCGUCAUGCAUCAACGGUGGGCACUGUGGCGUGGACAUUCUCUCCAUUGGCCAUGGGAAGCUUUCAAUUUGACAUACACUCGCCUCAGCCUUUUGAUUUCUCGUCCCCUGAGAAUUCCGUUCUCCAUGCAGAGCGUAUGAACGCCGAAUUCACAAAUAAGCCCGGCUCCGCCAGUGGUUUUGGGGUUGGGCUGCGUACCUGGUCAUAUGGAUUUCAGCUAUCUGGCGUCAACUCGUGUAUCAAGACUGAAUGGUCGAUCUGGUUCUUUGAGCUGUCAUUAAGGCUCAAGGCAGGCAUAGAAAUUGGAUUUCGGGGAUUAGCCUAUUUGGUCACCGCAACAUGGACUAGCGCGAAUACUGCGAUAUCCACUAGCUUUGGCGUGAGUACGGGGGGGUUAAUCAUACGCUUAGAGUUGGAUUACCUACAUCAGAAAUGGAUAUUACCAAUCACUUUGUCGCCCGUAAGAAAUCAAAUAUUGGAGUUCUUUUCGGCUGUUGUGCCUUCAACAGCUCUUGUCCUCGGAUAUCACUUUGUUUUAAAGCCUCGUCGGCGCCUACAAAGAGCCUUAUAUUUCCGCAAGGCCGAACGCGUCCUUAAAGAGGAAAACUCAGAGCAAAAGAGGCAGCUUCGCAAUACGGCAGAAUUGUUGAGCGAAACUGCCAAACGCCACAUGCAAACCGAAAGGUCAAGAGGAGGCCUUGUCAUCCUUAGUGCGAUGUACGGCCCAGAAACAGACGCCAGGAAUCUUACGAUAGACGUAACAGUACCCGUGCAAGCCUUGGUGCACAACAGUCAGGUUUGUGUACCCGGACAUCGGACAAAGGCCGGCAUCCAAGGAUUUUACGAUCCCGCCCCUGCAUCGCCCAAAUCUCUCCGCGUCCGUUAUCUUUUCCGGGAUCGACCACAUUACGCAGAGAUCCCGGACUAUAUUCCGGUUGUGUUGCCUUUGCCAGAUCAUCUCGUGAAUUGAACCGUUACAUACCUAUGGCUCUCGGUCUGUUGCGAUCCUACUUAUUGCCACCUCUACACAGUAUGAUCUAAUGUCAAUUUGGCAUAACGACUAUCUUCCUUCCAUUUGUUCU